AUGUCUGAGCAGAACACCAACCAGCAGCCCGGACUCAUCGCUGGCCACGCUGAAUACAUUAAGGGCGCUGCAGAGAGCGCAAUUGGCAGCGUCACUGGAAGCCACGCUUGGACUUCAUCGGGUGAACAGGACAAGGCACAUGCGGCUUCCACCAUGAAGGCAGCAGCUGAGACGCGUGAUGCCUCAACGCAAGGCUACGGCAAGAUUGAAGAGGCAGCGGGCAAAGCCUUCGGAUGCGAGGGCAUGGAGAAAGAGGGCGCAGCGAGCGCGAAGAAGGAUUGA